CCCGGAACAACAACAGUCUGAAAAGUGACACGGAGUAUUUCAUGUGCAUCUGAAAUAGUUUAAUUUAGGUUGUAGCGUUAGGUUUUUUUAAAGCAGGCUAUGUUAACAGUUGUAUGCCCUCUUCUGUAUGCGUUUAGAGUGAACAGGACAUAACUUCAGUGCCUCUUGAAACUGUUCUCCAUGGGUUCCCCUGCUCGGCUGAGACCUUACAUGAAUGAUAAUGGACCUUUAAUCUUGGAUGGCGGACUAGCAACUGAACUGGAAGCGCAAGGAGCUCAUUUACAGGGUGAUCCUUUGUGGAGCGCCAGGCUUUUGCAUACUAAUCCCCAGGCCAUACGAGAUGCUCAUUACAGGUUUCUCCUCAGUGGGGCUGAUGUCAUCACAACAGCUACAUACCAGGCCAGUGUUACAGGAUUCAUCAGUCACCUGGACCUAAGCUCUGAAUGUGCCAGAGAGCUGCUGAUGUCAGGAGUUCAACUGGCCAAAGAGACAGCAGAGAGAUUUGUCUCUGACAGUCGUCCAGCAGGGCAGAGAUGUCCCUUGGUGGCAGGCUCUGUUGGACCGUACGGGGCCUUUCUGCUCAACGGCUCCGAGUACACAGGGGCCUAUGCACAGGAUAUGACUGUUGAAGAUCUUAAAGUUUGGCACCGGCCGCAGGUGGACUGCUUAGCGGCAGCAGGAGCUGAUCUCAUUGCUUUUGAGACAAUCCCAAGUAUCAAAGAGGCGGAGGCUCUGGUUGAGCUGCUCAGAGAGUUCCCCAACUCUAAAGCCUGGCUCGCCUUCUCUUGUAAGGAUGGGAAGUGUAUAUCAGAUGGCAGCCUGUUCACUGACGCAGUGCAGAUUACUAAUAGAUCCCCACAGCUGGUCGCUGUAGGACUCAACUGCUGCUCGCCAGCGCUGGUGGAGCCGCUGCUGGACUCUGCCGGGUCACUGCUAAGCCCAGACAUGAGCUGGGUGGUGUACCCCAACAGUGGAGAGGAGUGGAACAGUAAGCAGGGGUGGCUAACAUCAGAGAAAGCUUCAGCAUUAAUACCUGAACUCAGCCGUACGUGGAUGAAGCAAGGUGCUGCUUUGAUAGGAGGAUGCUGCCGUAUCGGCCCCGCUCACAUAGCAGAGUUACGACAACAGUUAAAAGGAAGUUCUCCAGCCUCUGCAGUGUGACUGGACUGAAAAUGUAAUCGUUUGAUUGUUGUGAAGAAAGACGUCUGUUCCAGGAGUUUAUAAAAAUCUUAGUUUAUUGGAAAAUAAAUAAAUAAAGCACUACAUCAAAGGACACAAUGACAUUUGUGUGGAUCAAAGACAAAUGGCAAAGGUGCAAACAGAGUAGUGAGAACAAAUUGUGGCUGUAUAUAAACAUGAAAUCAAACCAUGCAGUCUUCACUUUCUGUGGUUUCACAUUUUAAACGGUUCUGAGGGAUUGAGGGAUUCCACUAUCACUUCUGUACAGCUCCCGUCUCUUAAAAACUGGGAUCAUCUACGCGACAGUGUCACUGUAGGUUUCACAAAGCACAACAAAAUGUCAGCUGCUUUCACAACACUUGAACUGGACAGCAUUUCCACUGAACUAACCACUGUACGUCAGGCGCAAAACAAGCCCACUUACCUGUACAAUGAAUUAUGGGAGGUGUGUCAUCUUGGAACAAAAUUUACAGCAAAGUCGUGUGUUUUCUCGACAGCACUAGUUGAUUAUAAUGUGCACUCUGCAGAGGGUUUAAGAUGAGGUGAUAUAACUACAAUUAAAUCAAGAGAAAUGUGUAUAUGAUAUGUAGUGUCAAGUCUUAAUCUGCCGCUUUUAGUAUAACACAGGGAUAGACAAAAUAACAGAAACACCUUACAAUACAGUGGCCGUGAAGUUGUAACCACUCAAUAAAGCUCAUGUUGCACUUCA